CCGCAAGUUGAGUUUUCACACCAAAAGAUCAAAAGCCCAUGUGAGUCCUUUCAUUCAUUUCUCCCUUUUUCCCUUUAAUUUGCUUAUUCUCACGGUUCCCUUUAUGAUUGAACAAUUGCAGCAACGUUAGCUGUUCUCUGCGUUUGGAGAUCUCACUUCCAAGUUCCAUCCAUACAUGAGAGUGAAGGCCGGAUGGCAUGUUUUCGAAGAGCAGUAGCUGAAUUUGGAUGGUGGGUGUGGUCUCAAUUCUCGCAAGUGGCGACCACUUAGGGGAAGCCGGCGGUUUUCUCUUGCUGAGUUGCAGAAUCGAAGAGAACGCCGACGGCCGGCCGGAGAAUUAUGAUUCGGUUGUAACGGUGAACCGUUUUGGCUUCGUGGGGAGAAUGGAGAAGGGCCGCAUCUCGUCAAUCAGUGGUGCCAGUCUUAUUGAUGCAAAGCUUGAAGAGCAUCAGCUCUGUGGAUCUAAGCAAUGCCCGGGAUGUGGGCACAAGCUUCAGUCCAGACCAGACUGGGUGGGGCUUCCGGCAGGUGUGAAAUUCGACCCAACAGAUCAAGAGCUGAUAGAACAUCUUGAAGCAAAGGUGCAGUCCAAGCAGUCGAAGGCUCACCCGUUGAUCGAUGAGUUCAUUCCAACCAUCGAAGGGGAAGAUGGUAUUUGUUACACCCACCCAGAAAAACUCCCAGGUGUGACGAAGGACGGGCUUAGCAGGCACUUCUUCCAUAGGCCGUCCAAGGCGUACACGACAGGAACAAGAAAGAGAAGGAAGGUCCAGACAGAAUGUGAUGUACAGGGAGGGGAGACAAGGUGGCACAAGACGGGGAAGACAAGGCCUGUAAUGGUGAGCGGGAAGCAGAGAGGCUGCAAGAAGAUAUUGGUCCUCUACACGAACUUCGGGAAACAAAGGAAGCCUGAAAAGACCAACUGGGUCAUGCACCAGUACCACUUAGGCCAGCAAGAGGAGGAGAAAGAAGGGGAGCUUGUGGUUUCCAAGAUAUUCUACCAGACGCAGCCUCGACAGUGCAGUUGGUCAUCAGAGAUCAGCAGGGCCACAAAUGGAGAGAACAGUACUCCGCCUGCUGAGAGGUUGACGGCCAACUCUCAAUCAAGCACGGAGAAUGUCUAUGAUUAUAGGAUCGAAGGUGGGAGUGGGAGCUCUUCCUCCAAAGAUGCCACGCCAAGAGAUGAUCAACUCCCAAGAACUGCAUUUUCAGGUUAUGCAUCGUUCGACGUCCGGCAGAUGAAAACCGAUACCUUCAGCUUUUCACCUUUGAGGAAGAGCUUUGAUGAGAGUGCUGGUCCUGGAGAGAGCUCAACACAGUGCACUCUUGGCAGGCGAGAAGAGCAUGAGGAGCAUGAGAAUAAUGCAGUAUUUGGCAUGGCACAUGAUCAGCAUCAGGUGGCAAGAGCAGCCUUCCAUAUCAGCAGGCCUUCUGAUCCCAUCUCCACAGUUCUGCCGCCUCCAAUGCACCAGACUUCACUUAUCACGGACGACUCCAUUCAUGUCUCCAGAUUGCUCCUCCAACUUGAAAAAUUUCAGAACCAGCAGCAGCAUCAACAGCCAAGACUGGCAGACAGGCCUGCUUCUACUUCUUACAAGCUACCGCUCGAGGAAAUGUUCGAUUGCACACACCAGGAGAUCAAAGGGUCGACAAUGUUAACGAAUGCCCAAGAAGCAGAAUGGCUGAAGUACUACUGGCAGGAUUCUAACCAUCCACAUCACCAUGGAUGAGAGAGAGAGAGAGCAAGAAAGAGAGAGAGGGAGAAAGGGAGAGAGAUCCAAAAAUAGAUACAGCAUCAUCAACCAAUCGAACUGUUAUAUAAAAACCUGCACAUCCUUUCCAUAUAUAUAUAUAUAUAUAUAUGCAAGUAUCGGACCAACAUAUACUAACUUCAAUACAUGUGUACAAUUAUAUCGUUUGAAUCACCAAAAAGCAAAAGAAAAGAGAAAAAAGCAAACACCAAGAAGAACAUAACUUGAGAAAAAGAAAAGAAAAGGAAAAGGAGAAAAAGGCUGCCUCUGUUGUUCCUGUCUCAGGUUCUCCCUUCAAUGUUAUGCCUAUCUAUCACUUCUCAUAAUAAUUUUUUUUUCAUUUUCUUUAUUGUCUUUUGCCAAUAGCGUCUUACUUUCUCUCCCAAACCCUGCCUAAUAUGUACAUGUCAAGAUCAGCCUCUCUGUCCUCUCAUUUUCUGGUAUAUGGUUGUUUCCUAUAAGUCGAUCUCGUUGAUGUGUCUUCUGAGUCUUCUUAUUUAUAUAUUUUUUUUCAUGGGCAUGAAUUUGACUGUAAUUUUUGUAAUAAGAUUGCAUUCUUCCGCCACAGUCAUUGAUGUGCUCUGCUCCCAGGGAAAGAGGGGGCAUCUUUAUUGCUUUAUUCUAGAUAUGUAACCUUUUUGCAGUAUAUGUGGGCCUUUGAUUUUUUACAAGGAGAUUGAUGUAUUCAUAAAUGUUUUGUGUGCUGCCAAUGAA